CCUGUAUUAAUAUCCACGAACUCGCCACUAGACUCUUCCGACUCUUCAUUUCUUUUCAUCAUCGUCACUAUUGCUCGCCACAGCCAUCAUCUCGUUGUUGAAGAAGCCGGUCUUCCAAUUUCUUUCUCAGACUAGAGCAUUGCGAUACUCAGAACCUCGUAAUUCAGAGGCACUCGCCUAGUACGAUCUUUCGACAUGGUGUCCAGCAAUCCCGGCGGUAGUGAGGGUGGCUUUGACCCCCUUACCCAACCCGCAUUCAUUCUCGCUUCAGAUGGACAGACGCCCAUCAACUUCACCCUCGCCGACAUCGACAUGGUGUACCAAGUGGCAACCUCCUCGGCGGCCAACUACGGCAGCCAAGUCGGGGCGUCGUUCGUGAUGCUGGCGGUAGUGCUUGUCAUGACACCCAGAAGCCGAUUCCGGAGACUGCCAGUAAUCGUCAGCAUCCUGGCGCUCACAACUAACAUGAUCCGCAUGCUCCUGCUGGCCCUGUUCUACUCGUCUUCCUGGCUGCACUUCUAUACCGUAGUGUCGGGCGACGUGCAGUUCGUCUCUCAGACCGACUACAACCUCAGCGUCGCGGCCACCAUCCUCAGCAUCCCCAUCACCAUCCUGAUCCUGCUGGCACUCAUCGUGCAGGCGUGGUCCAUGCUCCAGCUGUGGCCCUCGCUGCAGAAGUGGACGGCAACAGCCCUCUCCGUGGUGCUCGUUGUCGUCACCAUCGGCUUCAAUUUUGCCAUCACCAUCAUCCAAGCACAGGCCAUCCUCUAUGGCAAAACCCAGGACGCGAGCAUGCGGUGGAUCCGCAGCACCUACCUCGGGCUCAUCACGGCGUCCAUCUGCUGGUUCUGCUUCCUCUUCAACAUCCGCCUAGUCAUCCACAUGUGGACCAACCGCAGCUUCCUUCCGUCGCUCAAGGGCCUCACCGCCAUGGAUGUCCUUGUCAUCACCAAUGGCAUUCUGAUGCUGGUGCCAGGUACGUUCUUUGUCCCCUUUCAUUUCCCCCCUUUCACAAUAUCUCCCUUGACCUCGAGACGCAUGGAACACGUGAAUAUUGCCUGUUAACACAUGCCUGUCUUGAACAGUCUUGUUCGCGGCUCUCGAGUACGACGACUGGAACAACUUCCUCGAAUCGGCCUCGCUCACGCAGACGUCCGUCAUCGUGGUGCUGCCGCUGGGCACGCUGAUGGCGCAGCGGCUAGCGAACCC